AUGCCCGCCGCGGUGGGCACUAGCAACGGCGCUGCCGGCACCAGCUUCCUCUCCGCCAACCACCCACUCAACCUUCGCAAGCAAGCGCAACCCAAACUUGACUCGAGCUUCAGCGUCAAAACCUAUAUCGGUGCUGCAAAUGCAUUGCUCGACAAGGCCAGAGCCGCCGACGCACAGGACCAGAUCGAGGUCGCCUUUGUCAACUACCUCAAAGCUGCCAAUGUCGCUGCCUUCAUUGCCAAGCACGAUGACUGGCCGAGGAUAGCAAAGGCGCGAGGUUCCGUCUACCAGGCAUACAACGAGCUCAUGAAGCAGGCUCCCGCUUUCAUCGACCGCACAAAACGCCUCGAAUCUCAGCUUGCCGUCAGAGAAGAACGCAAUGCCAAGGCUCAUGCAGAAGCUGCAGCGGAACAAGCUCAAAAUGCGCUGCGCCAACGGGAAGCUCAACCGCCAGGCGAUUCGGCUCUCCGCAGCGAGGUCUCCAACCACUCGGCUGCUGGUGCUACCAUGACCUCUGGCGCUGAUUCGGAUGAGGACCACUCCGCGCAUGGCACAGAUGCGGAGCCCAUCGACCAUCACGCGACAGGCAGACGUACCGGAAGCUCGCUAGCAGAUCGUCUCCAAGCCCUUCGCAACUCGGCUGCUCAUGAUCCAGCAGAACUUCGCAAUCGUUCUGAUAGUCAACGGUCUGGUGACGUCGCUGCUCGUCUCGAAGCUCUUGCCGAAGAUUCUUCCAGCGAUGGUGCCUUCUCCACGCAUGACCUGAGACAGGCCUUGCCAGAUACGUCGAACGGCGGCCCCAGCUUUCCUGACAUUCCGACGGCGUCCGAGUUCAACUCAUCCUAUCCGACCAUCGAUCAGUUCGAGAGCAACUCGCCGCAUCAGGCUGACAGCGACUCUGCCGGCUUUCCGGCACCACCGACGCACCCUGUUGGCAAGGCGAAGCGUCCACUGCCUGCGCCUCCAUCCACCAGCUCCACCGAUGUCGCUCGCGAGUUCGCCUUGGCACGCGACGUUCCUGAGCCUUUCGAUCCCAGCUCACAACCAGCACCCUCAGCACAACCGCAACCACCACCACGGCAGCGUCAGAUCGACGGACUGCCAAAUCAGGACUCGCAUCGCUUCAGCUUACCGUCGCAGAGCUCGCGCUACUCGAACAGCUCGGCAGGACAUCAACCAUCAGCAUCCAACCGCAACUCGGCUUCCGCAGGCGCUGCUUCCUUGGACCCAACGGCGAUCCCUCGCUCGCUCAUGGUCGGCGCCAAACCAGCUCUGCCCAUGAAGAACCACAUAUCGGUCGAAGAGCUCUUUUCCUAUCUCAACCCUGGCUUCCAAGAGUUCACCGAUGCACAAGGUCAGCGCAAGAUUGGCAAGAAGGUCGGGCUCAACGUGCUGCUGCUCGAUGUGCGCAGUCGAGCCGAGUUCGAGGCGGGUCGUAUCUCCGGCGCCAAGGCUGUCUGUAUCGAGCCCAUCACCUUGCGUGAGGGCAUGAGCUCAGCAGACAUCGAGGACAAGCUGCUCCUCUCCUCUUCUGAAGAGCAGGCAGCUUUCGCGUCGCGCAACCGCUUCGACCUGGUGGUGCUCUAUGACCGCAACCUUCGUGCUCUCCGUGGAAGCUCCUCGUCGGACAACAUCCCUCAGGAUCCGACGGCGCAGGCGAGGAUGGACGUUCUCAUCAGGGCCAUCUACGAGAACGAAUUCACAAAGACGUUGGCGCAUCAGCCCGUUUUGCUGGUCGGAGGGUUCGAAAGAUGGGCGCAGAAGCUUGGCGAGAAGUGUGUCCUCCGCAGUGGCGCGAAUGGAGCAGGGCAAUUGACGGCAGAACAGGCGCGAGAGCAGGAGCUCAAGCGCGCCAGGCGGCAGCAUCAGGUCUUUGCUGACGGGACCGGCGCCUCUUCGCCGCAUCCGCCCUCCUCUGCGCCUGCGUCCCCACCCAUGGCACCGAGGACAGGCAUGCAGCCCGGCGGCGUCUACCCGAGUCGAGCCAUGAACGGCGCGAGCUCUCCCUUCGCAGCCGGCUCCAUCGACGGCGGGUUCGGGGGUCCCUCGCUUCCCGCUCGAGCAUACCAAGGCGCACCCUCGUUCCCACCUGCAGCAGCCUAUCGUCCGCCAUCAUCGCGCUCCAAUUCGACCACGAACUUCGACUACCCGCAACUCAAGCCAAAUUCGGUCGCCGGCGCCGUCUCUGCCUACGGCAUGCCUGCACCACAGCCUCCGCCUACGGCUGCCUCGACUGCGACACCGACAGCAGCUACCAUCGGCUCACGCGAUCGCUCGCCCUCCGCCGCCUCCGGACCUCCCAUUCCCGGCACCGGCUCCGCUGGCGGCAACGAUCCAUCCAAAAAGCAAGUCAUGGCGCCCGGCUACGCAGGCCAUCUCAGCACACAAACCUCUCGCAUGUACGCCAGCCCGACCAACGGCCGCAGCGCCGACGAGAUCAAGAUCGGUCUCACUGGUCUCAAGAACCUCGGCAAUUCGUGCUACAUGAACUCGACAUUGCAGUGUCUCUCCGCGACCAUCCCGCUGGCUCGAUUCCUGCUGGACGGCUCGUACAAAUCGGCGAUCAACCGGACGAACCCCUUGGGAACGCAGGGGCAGCUGGCGACGGCGCUUGCCGGGCUCGUGCAUGUGAUGUGGGGCGAGAAGUACGCGUUCGUCUCACCGGUCACGUUUAGGGAGGCCAUGGCGAAAUUCGCGCCCAGCUUCCGAGGCUACGACCAGCACGAUUCGCAGGAGUUUCUCGCGAUUCUGCUCGAUGGCAUGCACGAGGACCUCAACUACGUCACCACGCGACCACCAGCGAUCGAGAUGACACCGGAGCGCGAACACGAGCUGGAGACGCUGCCGCAGCAGAUCGCAUCGGUCAAAGAAUGGAGCAUCUACCGCAUGCGAAAUGACAGUCUCGUCGUCGACUGGUUCCAAGGACAGUUCCGGAACAAGCUCACCUGCCUCACGUGUAGCAAGACGAGCACGACGUACGAGGCGUAUACGUAUCUGUCGUUGCCGGUGGAGCACGGGCGCGGGGUGAGCAAGGUAUCGCUCGGCGCAUGCCUCGACGCCUUUGUCAAGACUGAAGUGCUGGACAAGGGGGAUAUGUGGAAUUGUCCUCGGUGCAAGAAGCCGAGGAAAGCGACGAAGCAGCUCUCCAUCUCGCGAUUGCCCCAGAUCCUUCUCAUCCACCUCAAGCGGUUCAGCUUCAAAGGCCCGUUUACGGAUAAGAUCGAUACCACCGUCACCUUCCCCACCAACACAUCGCUCGAUUUGACCAACUACAUGCCCCCUCCCCUACCCCCAGGGACAAGCGCAAAGAUGGGCGUCCAACAGAGCAUCUCCCAAACCCCACCGUACCUGUACGAUUUGUACGCGGUCACGCACCACUUUGGCAGCCUGAACACGGGUCACUACACUGCGACGGUCAGGAGCAACAAGGAGUGGUGGUACUGCGACGACAGCCGGAUUGCGAGGGGGGAUGAUAGACAGCUGCACACCAACUCGCCGUACGUUUUGUGGUUCAGACGGAAGCCGAAUUAG